ACUGGUCACGCGAUGAAGUGGCGGAACUCUAGCAGAGGAAAGAUAAGCGACAGCACUUUCCUUCUUUCCAUUUAUCAGGGUUGGUGCGGUGGAUAGGAGGCGUUGGGUGGACUGGCUUGCUAGCUGUGUGAACUGUGGAGUUGUUUUGCCCAGCGCUACGUGAGCUUCGUGUCUGCGGUCAUGGCAAGGGUGAACCCGUACAGUGACUGCGUGAGAACUCUUGCUGUGGACGGCAAGGAAUACCGGUAUCACAGUCUUCCCGACCUAGGGGAUGCCCGUUACGGCCGUUUGCCAUUUGCGGUGCGCGUGCUGCUUGAGUCUGCAGUGCGGCACUGUGAUGGCUUCCAAGUCAAGAAGCGGGAUGUGGAGGCACUGCUGGACUGGCAGUCUCUGCAGGGCAAAGAUGUCGAGAUAGCCUUCAAGCCAGCACGGGUGCUUCUCCAGGAUUUUACGGGUGUUCCAGCCGUGGUGGACUUCGCCGCCAUGCGCGAUGCUGUUCAGCGGCUGGGAGGGGACCCCUGCAAGAUCAACCCGCUCUGUCCCUCGGACUUGGUGGUGGACCACUCCAUCCAAGUGGACUUCUCUCGCAUCCUCUUGUGCCAGGCGCCCAACCCGGGGGGAGGAGGAGGCCCGCGGCCCCGCCUGCAGCACACCGUCUGCCCUUUUCACGGCCGCCCGGCUGUCGGGUGCGUCUCUGGCUGCUGGGGGAGGGCCCCACAUAAGCUGACACGCAGGGCGGGCCCAUGUCUCCCUGCUUAUGGUGGGGCGGAUGCUCUCCAGAAGAACCAGGACCUGGAGUUUGAACGCAACAAGGAGCGCUUCCUCUUUCUCAAGUGGGGCUCCCAGGCACUGCAGAACAUGCGCAUUGUGCCACCCGGUUCGGGAAUUGUGCAUCAGGUGAACCUCGAGUUCCUGGGACGCGUUGUGUUCCACAGUGAUGGCUGGCUCUACCCAGACAGCCUUGUGGGAGCCGAUUCGCACACGACUAUGAUCAAUGGCCUUGGUGUACUUGGAUGGGGUGUGGGUGGCAUCGAGGCAGAGGCCGUGAUGCUGGGCCAGGCAACCAGCAUGCUGCUGCCUCCCGUGGUGGGCUACCGACUAAGCGGUCGGUUGCCAGGUGGGGCCACUUCAACAGACCUGGUGCUCACCAUCACCAAGCACCUGCGCCAGGUGGGCGUUGUAGGCAAGUUUGUCGAGUUCUUUGGACCGGGUGUGGCCCAGCUGUCCAUCGCUGACCGUGCCACCGUGUCCAAUAUGUGCCCGGAGUACGGGGCCACUGUCGGCUUCUUCCCCGUUGAUGCCAAGACCCUGGAGUACCUGCGACAAACAGGACGAGAUGAGCAGACACUGCGAUAUGCAGAGGCCUACCUGUUGGCCAACCAGAUGCUGCGAAAUUACUCGGAUGCUUCCCAGGACCCUGUUUACUCGCAGGUGGUUGAACUGGACCUGGCCACCGUGGUUCCCUCGCUUAGCGGACCCAAGAGGCCUCAGGAUCGGGUUGCCAUGGAGACCAUGCAGCAGGACUUCCAGCAGUGCCUUUCCACGAAGGUUGGCUUCAAGGGUUACGGCUUGAAGCCCGAGCAGAUGACCGCCAAGGCUGCGUUCACCCACGAAGGGCAGCAGCACACCCUGCAGCACGGCUCGGUCGUCAUAGCGGCCAUCACCAGCUGCACCAACACCAGCAACCCGUCGGUCAUGCUUGGCGCUGGACUUCUGGCCAAAAAGGCCGUGGAGCGGGGCCUGACUGUUGCACCGUACAUCAAGACCAGUCUAUCGCCAGGCAGUGGGGUGGUCACGUACUACCUGCAGGAGUCAGGUGUUGUCCCCUACCUGGAGAAGCUGGGUUUCAACGUGGUCGGCUACGGCUGCAUGACCUGCAUUGGCAACAGUGGGCCCCUGCCUGAAGCAGUGGUGGAGGCCAUUGAAAAGGGCGACCUGGUGGCAGUGGGCAUCCUUUCUGGAAACCGCAACUUCGAGGGCCGCGUGCACCCAAACACGCGAGCCAACUACCUGGCCUCCCCUCUCCUGGUGGUAGCGUAUGCCAUUGCGGGCACCGUUGACAUUGACCUCAACAAGGAGCCCCUUGGGCACAGUCCGGAUGGCAAGCCUGUUCACCUGAGGGACAUCUGGCCUUCACGGGAAGAGAUUCAGGCAGUGGAGAGUGAGCAUGUGCUGCCACGGAUGUUCAAGGAGGUGUACUCCAGGGUGGAGACUGGCAGCAAACACUGGCAGACCUUGGAUGCACCCAAGUCCUUCCUCUACCCAUGGGACUGCAAUUCGACAUACAUUAAGUGCCCACCGUUCUUCGAGACAAUGGAGCGUGAUCCACGGCCAACGCUGUCAAUAGAAGGGGCUUAUGUGCUGCUCAACUUGGGUGAUUCGGUCACCACCGACCACAUCUCACCAGCUGGCAGCAUUGCUCGCAACAGUCCGGCAGCUCGCUACUUGGCCGCCCGUGGACUGACUCCUCGAGAAUUCAAUUCAUACGGAGCUCGCCGAGGGAAUGAUGAUGUCAUGGCUCGUGGCACAUUUGCCAACAUUCGUUUGGUGAACAAGUUCUUGGACAAGCCUGGCCCGAGGACCAUUCAUCUGCCAUCUGGUGACGAGAUGGACAUCUUUGACGCAGCUGAGCGUUACAAGAAAGAGGGGGCCCCUCCACUCAUGGUGCUAGCAGGCAAAGAGUACGGCUCUGGCUCCUCUCGGGAUUGGGCAGCCAAGGGACCCUAUCUGCUGGGCAUCCGCAUGGUGCUGGCGGAGAGUUACGAGCGCAUCCACCGCAGCAACCUGGUGGGCAUGGGCAUUGUGCCCCUGCAGUACCUGCCAGGACAGAGCGCCCAGAGUCUGGGCCUGACGGGUCGCGAGCGCUUCACCCUUCACUUGGGCAAGGACCUGGUCCCGGGACAGAAGGUCACCUUGCAGCUGAGUGAUGGGCGCAGCGUGGAGGCCCUACUGCGCUUUGACACAGAGGUGGAGUUGGCCUACUUCCACCAUGGAGGCAUCCUGCCAUAUGUGCUGCGCCAGAUGCUCUGAGGGGGGGUCCACCACUUUGUGCCUGCACAGCCAGGGACCCCUUUGGUCUGGAAACCUGCCAAGAGACCUACGACCAACGAGUUCACCUCUGACUGACUGAACAAAGAUACACCUAAUAAAUACGAAGCGUAUAUUUUCAA